AUGACUGAAAAACACCACUUGAAGAAUCUCUUCCAUAGAGAUAAGAAGUCUGAACGACAAGACGGCGGGCACCAUGGUAUCUCCAAGCUCUUCCACCACGACAAGAAGAAGGACCACUCGCCUGAACCUUCCGAUAAGACCUCAGUGUCUUCGGACGUGUCCAAGUUUUCCAGAACCCCAUCGGCACUUUCCUUGAAGAGGUCUGACUCGAAUGCUAUGCGUGAAAAGCAACAACACAAGCAAGACCUCCCGCCCCACAAUCGCCCGGUGAAACGUGCUGAGACCUUUGCCCACGCUCCGCUGCCUAAGUUUGGCUUGAGCAAGAAGAACUCCUUCCAUGGCCUGAAUAAUCAUGGUUCUUGCAACCACCACGAGAAAAUCAAGUAUAAUCCGUACGGAAUGAUCAAGAACCCGCUGGACCAGGUGCCCCACUCGGCUUCUUUCUACUUGAAGGGUGGUCCGGAUAGCGGUGCUCGGGUGCCGGCUAACCCGGUGGCUAAUCCGAACGACUACUUGCCUGAGGAAUUGCACGAAAAUCAUAUCAAUUUCUUGGACGAUUUUGAAUUCGAGGCGGAUGUCAAUAAACUAGGCGAUGGUGGUUCGGCUGAUGUCCGUACCGUUCAGCUCGCCGGUAACAAGAAGAAGCUCUAUGCUUUGAAGAAGCUAACGAUGUUUCCAAAGGAAACAGACGAAGAGUUUUAUAAACGUGCUGCUAAAGAGUAUAUCAUUUCCCGCCAUAUUGCCGAGCUGAGGCAUGUCGUCAACACCAUCGCCAUCCUUAGACUACAGUCCCAAGGCAAUAUCACUAGAGGUUGGGGUAUCAUUAUGGAGUACUGCCAAGGUGGCGAUCUUUUCAACCAGAUCGUCAAGCCUGGUUGGAAACGCUCCCUGAUCAAUGAGAAAUACUGUCUAUUCAAACAAAUUGCAUUCGGGCUUAAAUUUUUACAUGACAGAGAUAUUGUCCACCGUGACUUGAAGCCCGAGAACAUCUUAUUAGACUCUCACGGCGUGGCAAAGCUUUGUGAUUUCGGUGUUAGUGACUGGGGCCACGAAGAGCCCAUGAACUUUGAUUCUCCAAUCAAGAAAUCCACCGCCUAUGUUGGCUCCCCUCCAUAUUCGUCCCCUGAGGUCAUGAAGCUUAAGGACGCCAGCUCAUCCGAAAAGCAUUCUCUCGCAUAUGAUCCUUUCAAGAUGGAUGCAUGGGGUCUCGGAAUGCUCUUAUUCUGUAUGGUCUACGCUGGUGUACCUUUCCAACAGUCUUCCCUUAAUGAUCACCAAUUCAGAGACUAUAAAUUCAACAGAGACAGAUUCACCUCGGACCAUCCACUGUUCAAGAACAACAAUGAAUUUGCCAGAGGUCCUGGCUCUGAAUUCAAGUGGGCCGUUAAAUUCGAAAGUAAUGGUGCUGCAAGAGCCGCCUGGAAGCUUUGUGACCCAGAGGUAAAGUCCAGAUAUGACCUCGAUUUGUUGCUCAAAGAUCCAUGGUUCUCUGGUCUCGAGAUGUGUAUCUACGAACAUCCCGACCAGCACGUCAACCCAUUUAUCAACGGUGCAGGUGCUCCAUCAUCCUCUAACUCGUCUGUGCAUGCUCCUUCUGCUACAACCUCAAGAAAGAAUACCUCAUAUGGUAACCUAGAAGAGGAAAAUGCUAGCUUACAUACCCCUAUCAGAAGCAUGUUGGAUAUGGCUGGAUUCCAGGCAGCAGACGAUAAUGUCUCGGUUAAGUCCAGCUCCCUGUUGCAGCAUUCCAAGCCAGCAGAGGAAAGGCUUGUAAAGAACAGAGGCAGCAGUGAUGCUUCGCUCCAUUCUGUCUCGUCAACUGGAUCAAGCACAAAAUUGAAAUCCAUGUGUGAUAUUGGCGCUAGUGACAAGAACACAUUGCCUAGGGUCGCCGAAGCAGAACACGAGGACUCGAAACCAACCUUACCAGCAGUUCAUGAGAAUGAUGGUCCAUCGUCUGCUGAACAGGAUGGAAACGUCUCAAACGGUAAGAUUGAAGAGGGCGGAGAGGCUGAAUUCCAGGAUUGUCUCAACGCUGCAGAACAGCUCAAUCUUGAAGAUGGUGAAGAACAGCUUAAGGUCCCUAAUGAUGGGGAAAGUGUUGCAGAGAGUACCGCCGAACUGAAACCACCAUCAUCGGCAUCUCAAACGACAGGAGAGGAGAAUGAGAAAGCAAACUUCUUUAGAGAUAAGAUUCUCCAUGACAGUGACGACUUGAAGCUUGAUAACACUGGAUGUUGUGAAUUAGGUUACAAGAUCAAGAAACACCACCACCUUGACAUCAGCUCCGCUAAAGCGAAGCGAUAA